AUUACUGAUCCCAUGAAACAAGGCUAUAUAAUCUGCCGCUAUACAUGACUGGUCCUGGCACAAAUGUGUCACAGGCAUGUGCUGCAUGUAAACACCAACGUCGAAAAUGUGCUCCUGAUUGUCCUCUGGCUCCUUAUUUUCCCCCGCAUCGCCAGGCCGAGUUUCUCAACGUUCACAAGCUGUUUGGUAUCAGAAAUAUCAUCAAUGCGGUUAAAACGGUGGAUCCGAAUCAACGAGAGAUCGUGGUUAGGUCGAUGAUCGAGGAGGCUGAACUUCGAGUGAUGGAUCCGGUGGGAGGGUCUUGCGGGAUGGUGAAGAGUCUUUAUGACAAGUGCGAACAGGUGAAGGUCGAGUUGGAUAUGGUGUUUCAACAACUAGCUAUUUGUCGUGCAAAAAGUAAAAACGUGGAAGUUCGACGCGGAGUUCGCAGUUUUUACGAUAAUCUCAUGCCACGGCAUCCCGGAAAUGGAGCGUUACGCCCUCCUCGCAAUAAUAUCGAGAUCUCGAAAAAAACAUCUGUCAAGAAUGAAAAUGAUGGUGUUGAAGCUCUUCAGAUCGGAGUAAAUGAGGAAAAGGGUGCUAAAAAAAUGAGAAAUAUCGAUAUCAAUAAAGAAUCUCGUGAAAUUGAAGAAAACGAUUUGGACAAAGAAGAUGUAAAACAAUGAAUUCGGGGUUCAUUCAUAUCAUUUUAGGUUAGUACUCUUUUUUGCGUGGGUUAGAUGUUGCUUGUACCAUUUUUGCUGCUUUAUUUUUUUAUUCAAUUAUUUUUUCUUGCUUCGGCAAGUAGGUUAGAUAUAUAGAAGCCUGCAUGACAGGAUGUGAGGAUGAGUUUUACUUGUAUUGUUUCAGUUUAUACUGUUAUCGAAUAAAUUUUUUUGAU